AUGGGUGUCUCUUUGAACGACGCGCCUGCUGGGCCGCAGGGCAUUGAUCUCUACUCCCGCUUCGCCCUUGCUGGUGCCCUGGGCUGCUCCCUUACCCACGGCGCCUUCACUCCCGUCGAUGUCUUUGCCUGCCUGCUUGUAAUCGCUUCCCUCACUGACACGCGCUAUUCAAGCGUCAAGACCAAAAUCCAGCUUGACCCGGCCACCUACAACCGCGGCAUGAUUGGCGGUUUCCGCCAGGUCAUCCAGAAUGAGGGCGCCGGUGCCCUGUUGACCGGCUUCGGCCCGACCUUCACCGGAUACUUCAUCCAGGGGGCCUUUAAGUUUGGUGGUUACGAGUUCUUCAAGAAGCAGGCCAUCGACUUGAUCGGCCUCGACGCCGCGCGCCAGAACCGCACUGCCGUCUACUCCGUCUCUGCCGCCUCUGCCGAGUUCUUCGCCUCCAUCGCCCUCAGCCCUCUCGAGGCUACCCGCAUCCGUCUUGUUUCGACUCCAGGCUUCGCCAACGGUCUCAUUGGUGGCUUCAGCAAGAUCCUUACCCAGGAAGGCAUCGGCGCUUUCUACUCUGGAUUCGUCCCCAUCUUGUUCAAGCAGAUCCCCUACACCGUCACCAAGUUUGUCGCUUUCGAGAAGGUUUCCGAGGCCGUCUUCUCCCAGCUCGACAAGUCUAGCCUGUCCGGUGCCGCCCAGACGGGUGUGAACCUGGGUUCUGGUCUUAUGGCCGGAUUUGCUGCCGCCAUUGUGUCUCAGCCCGCCGAUACCAUGUUGUCAAAGAUCAACAAGACCAAGGGUCUGCCGGGCGAAGGCGUUGUAUCGCGCCUCGUCAAGAUUGCCGGCGAGCUCGGUGUCCGUGGCUCUUUCGCCGGUCUCCCCACCCGUCUGUUCAUGGUCGGUGGUCUGACCGCUGGCCAAUUCGCCAUCUACGGAGACAUCAAGAAGGCUCUUGGCGCCACCAACGGUGUUGAGAUAGCUAAAUAG